AUGCUGCGAGAGGUUACAGAGGACGACCCCAGUGGCAGAUUUGUGGAUUUGAUGGAUUUUGUUGAAGUUAGGUCAGAAACAGGCAAUGUGGAUCUAGAUGACAAUAGGGCUUCGAGGAUGGAGAAUAGAUAUACGGCUCUUGAUGACAAAGUUGGAUGGGUUACAAGGAACAGGAAGGUGGCAAUGCCAGACGAGAGAGCAACAAGUGCUGAAAGGGUGACAGCCCUGGAAACAGCACUCACAGGAUUUGCCGAAAGAAAAACAGACACGGUGGUGACACCAUCGGUUGGGCUGACUUUUGACUCUAUAAUCGAGGCCUACGAUUUUUACAAUCUUUAUUCCUGGGAGACAGGGUUUGGCAUCAGAUAUGCAAAGAGCAGAACCAAUGUCAAAGGAACGAGAUGCAUGCAGGAGUUUGUGUGCUGUUGCUCGGGCAAGCCAAAAGAGGCGAACUCAACAUCAUCACGGUGUCAAUGCCAAGCCAUGAUAAGACUCUUGCGUACAGAUGACGAUGGCUGGUACAUCAACGAAUUCAGGUCCAGUCACAAUCACUCGAUGUUGAACACAUGUGCUGAGAAACUCCACUUCCCUUCACAUAGGCAUAUUGACAAAUAUACGAGAGAGCUAGUAUCUCAGCUUAGAGAGAAUAAUGUGAACCUGAGCAAAGUUGACAACAUUCUUGCAACUUUUUUUGGAAGGGUAGAAAACGUUCCGUUCACCAAAAGAUGCUUGAGGACACUGUGUUGGAAGCUGAGUAGGGAGCAGGCGGACGAUGAUGUACAGAAGACUAUGGCCAUCUUUUCAGAAUUGAAAGUCCAAGACGGCGAGUUUACUUACAAUGUGCAGGUAGACGAUGAAAGUAGGAUACGCACUCUCAUGUGGACAAAUGGGCGUAGCAAAAAACAAUACCAUCACUUUGGCGAUGUGGUCACAUUCGACACAACAUACAAGACCAAUCUAUACGAUAUGCCAUUCGGAAUUUUUGUUGGCGUGAACAACCACUUCCAGAGUGUGUUGUAUGCUGGUGUGCUCAUGCGAGAUGAGACGGUCGACACUUUCAAAUGGAUUUUUGAUGAGUUUGUGAAGAUGAUGGGAGGGAAAAGACCAAUUACAAUUUUGACAGACCAAGCCAGGGCGAUGGAAGUCGCUAUUGAGGAAAUAUAUCCAGAUGCAACACACAGAUGGUGCAAGUGGCACAUCCUGAAGAAGGCCAAAGAGAGCCUGGGGUCUAAUUACACAAAGAAGUCUGAUUUCAGGGCAGAAUUCCACAAUUUGGUCCACGAGAUGCUCACCAUCGAGGAGUUCGAGGAUGGGUGGGUAGCGUUGCUUGAGAAGUACUCACUGACUAAGAACACGUACCUGACGCAAAUUUACGAAACAAGGCAGAAAUGGGCCAAACCAUACUUUGCAGGAAAAUUCUGUGCCAGGCAAACCAGUACUGGAAGGAGUGAGAGCGCAAAUCACAUGUUGAAACAAUAUGUUCCACCUUCUUGCUUAAUGAAUCUUUUUGUCAAGCAAUAUAACAAGCUACAGUUUGACCGUGAACAAGAAGAAGGGUUCCAGGAGAAACGAACCAGGCUGAGUGGAGCUGUCUUGAAGGUCAACACCCCACUAGAAGUGCACGCUAGCAAGAUUUACACCAGGAAGAUGUUUGAGAUUUUUGGAGGAAUAUUGUAUGAAUCCGGAAGCUAUGGUGUAGAAGAGAUCAUACCAAAGCAGAAAUACAUGGUGACCCACGUCAAGGCUGAAAAGCGAGAGAAAUGGUUCAAAUGCCGAUAUGAGGUCAAUGUGUUUGAUAAUCUGGGGUAUUUCUCGUGCAUAUGCGGCCUGUUCGAGCACAUGGGUAUGGUCUGCUGUCACUCGCUGCAGGUCAUGAAUGUGCUCCGGCUUAGGGAGAUUCCCCACAGGCACAUCUUGAAGAGGUGGAGCAUACAUGGCAGAGAUAAUUUGCCGGAUCAUCUCAAACAUUACCAACAGGACAUGGGCCCGCCGGACGCACCCACUUAUAGACAUUCUGCUUUGUACAUCACUGCCCUGGAGGUGGUUAAAAUGGGCGACAGAAACCUAGAAGCAUACAAAUUCAUGUUGGAUGGAUUGGUGGAUCUUAGGAGAGAGACGAGAUUAGCGCACACAAUAGAUCUCCUAUGGCAUCAGGCAUGCGAAUCUCAGCAGUCCUCGAAAACUAGAGUUGACAGCGGUGGUGGUGUGCAGCAAGUGCGUACCAGGCUUCCGGGAAGUGCAGUGGCAAGCACAGCAGCAGAGAGCCUACGAAAUGAUCCCCAACGCAGCGCCUUCGUCCUGUUGCCGUCGUCCAGUGCCAGUGCUCCCCGCAGCUCUCCCAUGGCCACAUUGAGCACGCCCGAGACAGGUCCGUUCCUUUUGCUGCCUGGGCAUCCACGCGACACCCACCACCCCGGUUCCGUUCUGCCGGGUGUGCCAAUAUUCAUGUCCAUGGGGUCUUUUGGCCAGUUGUAUCUAGAUGGUGGAUUAGAGAAUGUGGUGCAGCCUGUCCGGUGUGGCCAGCAUGAUGCAGGGGCUGGGCGGCCGAUUGGUGAAAAUAUGGGCUUCGUGCAACUGGGGAAGAGGAAAGAAAGGGAGGUGGAGGACAGCAACGAGAUCAUUGUUUACCAAGGUAGACCUAUUCGUGAGUUAAACUUGUUGGCAAGGUUUGGUGAGGAGGGAGAUGGGAGGAAGAUCGUUAUCUCCACGGAGAAUGGUGUCUCACCAUUCAACAUCCCGGAGUUCAAUUACGAAUUCGUGUCGCCUCUAGUCGCCCACGCCGCUUGGGUACAAAUACAACAGUUAGCCCCAGAUGUAUUGAACAGUGUCUGGGUCGAUCAACAGGGUCCGCCUCAUGUGAAAAUGACUGGCUAUGAAAUUUAUGAAAACUUUUGUCAGACACUGGAUGACAAGGGUUUCGAAGUCGCAAACAUGAUGAUGAGGGAACAGGAUGCAAGGUGGUACGAUCCUUCAGACAGGGCGCGUUUCCAUCACCCAAUGCCGCCUUACUUUGCGAUAACCGUGCCGUUCAAGGACGAGGGAGGUUUCUAUGUGCUCUAUGUUUUCGACAUGCUGAAGAAAAUUGCUCACGUGAUGGAUCCGAGACGUACCCAGUGGAACCUUCUAGAGCUGGAGAGGGAGCACGCACGGGUCCUCGACAGGAUGCUCUAUGGGCUGUGCAAGUGCAUUGACAAGUUUUUCAAAGGGUGGCAUGUCCGAGAAGAUGAAUUCAAAAGGGCGGCUCACCGCCUGAUGCAUGAGCCAUCGAACAGCGGUGACACUCCGUUCUACACUCUACACUACACUAUGUGCUUUGAUGGGGAGUUCAUGACAGAAGGGAUGUGGGCGGUGCGUGCAUUAUCCUAG